AUGACUUUUUGUUAUUUAUUUUCUGAAAGUGCUCGUGAAAAAGAUUAUAAGCAAAAAGUAGUUCAACCCACUGUGGAGAAAAUUUUAGGCGGAAAAUUAGAUGAGGAAAUUAAUACUAACCUUAUCGGACAUAUCCCUGGUUUUUCUCAUGGUAGAAUUGAAGGAAUUUUUAAGAUAAAUG